AUGGAUUCGUCCCCACCGCAUGACUAUCAGAUGCCUUCGAAAUUAAACCCGGCAGAUGAAGCAACCAAAUGGGACAGUGGCUCAUAUUUUGACCGCAACAGAAAAUGGUUCCAUGGACCCGAGUUUCUGCGACUACCGGAACCAGAGUGGCCUUAUUCCAAAGAUCUAGUAACCGCUACUACUACCGAAGAGAUGCGCGCAUCGAUUCUCCAUCACUGUUCGUUUGAGCCACCGAUAAACUUCGACAGAUUCUCGUCCUGGAAUCGUCUACAACGGGCAAUCGCUUAUGCACUUCGCUUUCUUCACAAUUCGGCCAAAAGAGAGCCGAAAUACGCCGGAUACUUACAACAAGAAGAACUUCGAGCAGCAGAGAGAACUAUCUUCGUACUGGUUCAGCGUGAAUCCUAUCCCGAUGAGAUUAUGGCGCUCUCCAACAAAGCGCCAAAAACAACAAGACAGCAGGUUAUUGAGAAGCACAGUUCUAUCUAUCGAUUAGUACCCAUGUUGGACAACGCCGGUAUACUACGUGAACGCGGACGGAUCUUGUCGCUGAAGGCAUCUGUUUCGAAGUACGCCAUCCCGUAA